AUGUUAUUGUUACCAUCAUUCAGUGACCAACACCCACUUCCUUAUCUUCUCUUUACUUUUUCACUCCUCAUUACUCUUUUUUCGGUUAAUAAUCUUAACGCCAUUAAUCAAUCUUGAACUAUUUUCUAAGGAGUUCUUUACUUUCAACCCCACCUCCAUUCUAGACUUCAGCUUUUUCAACAUUCUUCCUUCCUUUCACUUUUUCUAUUUGUAAUUCCAGAUUUAUAGGGAGGUUUGAAUUCUGAUAUUCCAGAAUUAUCAAUUUGGUUUGCUCAAUUUUGCUUUGUUUCACGCACUUUCAUCUGGUUUCAAAUUGUUUGUUAAUUGAGAAUGUUGCCAUUGUACAUAUGAUUAGUUGUUAGAUGGCGACGCCAUCUCCAGAUUCUACACCUUCUGGUGUUCCACCUACAUCUUCCCCCACCCUACCUCAGCCGUCAACGCCGCCUCCAAAUGCUCAACCUAAUGCAAAUCCACCGGAAUCUUCUCUCCCUCCUCCGACACCUACUCCGCCAAAUGCAACACCCCCAACCAUUACUGGAACUCCACCGCCGCCGCCUGUAGACUCAUCUCCACCGCCUACUCCUAGUGUUCUGCCGCCUUUACCUCCAAUAACUCCGCCUCCAUCUACACCCAUUGAUUCCCCACCACCUGCACCAGUUGUUUCACCACCACCCUCAGUAAAUCCACCUCCGCCUGCAGAUGUUACACCGCCUUCGCCACCAGUAAAUCCGCCUACAAGUUCACCAACUCCGCCAUCAAAACCGCCCACUGCAACUCCUCCACCAACAAGUUCACCUACACCUACACCACCGUCAACGACUCUUCCCCCAACAAGCUCAUCUACACCUCCCCCAACAACACCCAAUAGCCCACCUCCUUCAACGCCAUUGCCGAACCCUCCACCGGCGUCUACACCACCACAAAGCUCACCUACUCCAUCUGGAACUAAACCACCGCUUUCACCAUCAUUGCAGCCACGUUCUCCACCUACUGCAUCGCCUCCAAGGAAAACCCCAUCUCCACCUUCUAUAAAUAGACCGCCUCCAUCUGAUCCUGAGCCAGUUUCUCCGCCAUCUAAUACUCCAGGGCCACCAGCUCCUGGGUUACAGUUAUCUCCUCCUCCACCAGGUGUAGAUUCUAUAGCGCCAUCUGCGCCUAGUUUUCCAGCUAAUCGAUCAAGUCAAAAUACACCUGAAACUGCAAGUAAAGCCUCCAGUCAUGGCAUUGGUACGGGUGGAGCUGUUGCUAUUGGUAUAGUAGUCGGCCUUUUAAUGCUUGGGCUCAUUGGUUUGCUUGGUAUCUGGAUAUUUAAGCGACGAAAGAAAUCUGGGGGAACUUAUGAUGGCCAUGUAAUUCCUGCUUCAAUGGGAUCCUCUCCACGAUCAGAUGGAAACCUGCUAGUGAAGACAGAGGAUCCAGUUUCAACAUUUGGAGGAAGGUCUGGUAGUGACACACCUACUGAUCAUGGUGGUUUUGGCCAUUCAAGGUCAUGGUUCACUUAUAAAGAAUUAUAUGAGGCUACCAGUGGAUUUUCGGACGAUAAACUUUUAGGAGAAGGUGGAUUUGGUCGUGUACAUAAAGGACUUCUAACUGAUGGAAGAGUAAUAGCUGUGAAGCAGCUGAAAGUUGGUGGUGGACAAGGGGAGCGUGAAUUUAAGGCAGAAGUGGAAAUAAUUAGUCGUAUACACCAUAGGCAUUUAGUUUCUCUUGUUGGAUACUGCAUUUGGGAGACUAAAAGGCUGCUUGUAUAUGACUAUGUUCCUAAUGACACUCUUCAUUUUCAUCUUCAUGGAGUAAAUAGGCCAGUCAUAGACUGGACAACGCGUGUUAAGAUUGCCAUUGGUGCUGCUCGUGGUAUUGCAUAUCUUCAUGAAGAUUGCCAUCCACGAGUAAUUCACCGAGAUAUUAAAUCAUCAAAUAUUCUUUUAGAUAACAACUUUGAAGCUCAGGUUUCAGAUUUUGGGCUAGCAAAAUUGGCAGUGGAUGCAGAAACACAUAUUAGCACGCGUGUUAUGGGAACAUUUGGAUAUAUGGCUCCUGAGUAUGCUACAACUGGUAAAUUAACUGAGAAAUCAGAUGUGUACUCUUUUGGAGUUGUCCUUCUAGAGCUUAUAACUGGACGUAAGCCUGUGGAUGAAUCUCAGCCUUUGGGAGAUGAAAGUCUAGUUGAAUGGGCGCGACCUUUGCUUAAUCAUGUGCUUGAAUCUGGAGAAUUUGAGAGACUGGUAGAUCCUCGUCUUGAAACGAAUUAUAUCGAGAGUGAGAUGUUUCGAAUGAUUGAGGCAGCUGCAGCUUGUGUGAGGCAUUCAGCUGUAAGAAGACCAAGAAUGGGACUGGUUGUUAGAGCUCUUAACAUGUCCGACUCUGGAGAUCUGUCAAAUGGAUUAAGGGUCGGUGAGAGUCAGAUCUAUGAUUCUGCACAGCAGUCUGCUGAAAUUAGAUGGUUUAGGAGAAUGGCAUUUGGUAGUCAAGAUAUUAGUACUGAUUAUUCCAGUAAUCCCAGCCGGAAUCUUGGCUUUUCUGGUUCAAGCAGGCAGAAUGUUGAUUUUCCAAUUAGGCAAGAACAUAACCGAAAUUCGCAGAAUGUGGGAUUUUCGAACCAAAGCAGGGACCGUCUGGGUGGAAUAUCAUUCAGCCCAACACAAUCAGAGCAAUAGGGAUUCGAAUUUUCACUGGGAGGCUAGUUAGAACCAAUGAUCACCCAAAAGCAAAGAUGAAUGCAUCUCUAGGUAAUUGAAGUCAAUUAAGAUUGUCGUGAGCCCGAGUGACAGAAGGUAUUCGAGUUCUGGUUUGAGAUCCGGUUUGACAUCCUUCGGGUGGAAUUAGGCUCUAAUAACGAUGCUCUACUGUAUACCUUAAUCAUGUAGCUAUGCUCUUGGCUGCAUUUUUUGCACAUAAAUUUUGCAUUUCCUCCAUUCUUUAAUAUGUAAAUUAUAUAAGUGUAUUGAUUUUACUUGGCUAAUUUUUAAGAUGUGUUUGGUCCUGUCUUUUUGAUGUUC